AGAUAUCAAAAUGAGUUCCAUGCUGACCCAUGCCAUCAGAAACCUCCCUGCUUCCUCAGCAUGGGCCGCCAGGGUCUUCGCUCGAUCGCUCAGCUGCUCUUCACAGUUACAAGCCGCAGCAGUUCAGCCUAAGAGCAAGAAGACCUUAGCCAAAAGUGGCGUGAAGAAUAUUGUUGUGGUAGAGGGUGUCCGUAUUCCAUUUUUGCAGUCUGGCACCUCGUAUGCGGAUCUUAUGCCACAUGACUUGGCAAGAGCAGCACUGCAGGGGUUGCUGAACCGGACCAGUGUCCCAAGGGAUGUUGUUGAUCACAUUGUUUAUGGCACAGUUAUCCAGGAGGUGAAAACGAGUAAUGUUGCCAGAGAGGCUGCCUUGGGAGCGGGUUUCUCUGACAAAACUCCAGCCCAUACAGUCACCAUGGCUUGCAUUUCUUCAAACCAGGCUAUGACCACAGGCGUGGGUAUGAUUGCGGCUGGACAGUGCGACGUCGUCGUAGCGGGGGGUGUGGAGUUAAUGUCAGACAUUCCCAUUCGUCACAGUAGGAAGAUGAGGAAGACUAUGCUGACUCUUAACCGAGCCAAGACCUUGGGCCAAAAGCUCGCCCUGAUUUCCAAAAUUCGCCCUGACUACUUUGCUCCUGAGCUCCCAGCUGUGGCAGAGUUCUCCACCAGCGAGACCAUGGGGCACUCCGCCGAUCGUUUGGCUGCUGCCUUUGCCGUUUCCCGUUUGGAGCAAGAUGAGUAUGCCCUCCGCUCACACAUGCUAGCUAAGAAAGCCCAGGAUGAAGGCUUGCUACUUGAUGUGGUACCCUUCAAAGUGCCAGGCAAAGAUACCGUUACCAAAGAUAAUGGGAUCCGUCCUUCCUCAAUGGAGCAGAUGGGCAAGCUGAAGCCGGCUUUUGUCAAGCCGUUCGGAACUGUCACAGCUGCCAACUCCUCCUUCCUGACAGACGGUGCUUCAGCAGUUCUGCUCAUGUCCGAGGAGAAGGCUCUGGCAAUGGGAUACAAACCGAAGGCCUACCUAAGGGACUUUGUGUAUGUGUCCCAGGAUCCAAAGGACCAGCUGCUACUGGGUCCAACAUACGCUACUCCCAAAGUGCUGGAGAAGGCUGGUCUAACCAUGGCUGAUAUCGAUGUGUUUGAAUUCCACGAAGCUUUUGCUGGGCAGAUACUGGCUAACCUGAAAGCUAUGGAUUCGGACUGGUUUGCACAAAACUGCAUGGGCAGAAAGUCAAAGGUCGGAGCCCCUCCUCUGGAGAAGUUCAAUAACUGGGGCGGCUCCCUCUCGCUGGGACAUCCUUUCGCUGCCACUGGCUGCCGUCUGGUAAUCACUGCUGCCCACAGAUUGAAGAAGGAGGGAGGACAGUACGGCCUGGUCGCUGCCUGUGCUGCAGGAGGGCAGGGGCACGCGAUGAUAGUGGAGCUUUACCCUCAGUAACGGGACAGGGGACUGCUGAGUGGGUAUUCGUAUGUCCUGGGCCUGGCAAUGCCAUUUUACUGCACUAAUAAAAACAUACGUACAGUCCUUCUCGGAAAGGAUUUUCGGUGGCCUUUGUAAAUACCGUUUAGCUACUCAGCUGGUAAUUUUCAGCUAAUGAACACGCUCUAAGAAAUACUCCACUUCCAGGAGAGUAAAAGUUAAUGUGGCUCUUAGUCUCUCCAGAGUCCUUGUAAUUUCUACUGCAACUCUUCGAUAAGCAAGAUUUCUUCCCCCCGGAGAAGAAUGAUUCCAAAGCUGCGUACAGAGAAUUAAGUUUGGCGAUAAGGAGAACGUGAAGUACUGGAGGUCGGCGAGUUAAUGUGUCCUUGUAGGGAGUAACAACCGUUUUCAGGCAUGGGUUCAAACUGAGUUGGCUGACCUGGUUUGUAAGGAGGAAGUUUGCUGCGCAGUGUCCAAACAGCAUCGGAAUUAGCAAGUUGCUUCUGACAAAUGAGUGUCGCUGAUGUUAGCCACAAUAAAUCAGGAAAAAAAAAAAAAAUAGCCUGGCUUUCUUCUUUCCCUCCACUUGCCUGAAAUACGUUGGGGACGGUUUCUGUGGUGUUUGUCGUGGGGGCUGUGUGCUCUGAGGUGGCCCCAGGUGUCUGCUUUCUGCAACGGGAGACGGCUGCUCUGAAAUCUGCCCGGAACCCACCCUGAGCUCCAGAGCCCCAACGAAUCAUCGAAAUACGUGCUUUUGAGACUGUUUUGCUAACUCCUGCUUCUUUGUGGUGCCUGGAUUACACACUUCCAUUGCCUGGCAUUUUGAAAAUUCAGAAACAGAGGCGGCGCGAUGCUUCUGCGGGAUCAAGUCGUUGGUAAACUUCAGGUGUGCAGACUUGUGGUCUUUCUCCCAAGAUUUUGGGAAGAUGAGACGGUUGUUCUUGCCCUUUCGCUUAAUGUUCGGGGUUAUCUUCCUCGCUCAUCUCUGGUUCCGUUAGCUGGGAUGGAAACAGAGAUUCUUCUAAAACAACCUGCAAAAACCUUCGAGUCCUUUGUAUGAAGGAAACGGCUUCUGCAACCCACCGGCUGCUGUACGGCCCCGCGAGUCGGGAGGCACACCUGAGAUAAGGGACGGGCGCGACCAUGGGUGGAUUCUUGUUUAUUCCUGCUUGGAAAUCUUGUGCAAUGCUGUGGCUCCGCGCGGAUGGGGAGGCGGCUGCAAGUGGGAACCGCCUGGGCGAGGGGGAGA